AUGAUUCCGAGAGAGAAGUGUGCUGAAUUAAGUGAAGCGUUUCAAGCUCUCUCUAAAUCCGAACAAGAUAUAUUUGUAAUGGCCCAGCCGGAAGCAAUGAAUGGUGGAGAAAUAACUGCCAGUCGGCGUCUUAAAAAAAGGACGCGUACACGUUUUAUUACUGAGAUCGCAAUACGCCUCUUUGCCAAAAAACCCGUGAAGAAUUUUCUCGAGAAUUAUGCUGAAAUUCAUGGAUUACCAAAUCCCGGCAGAAAUGUCCAUCGUAUUAUUCAAUUACUUACACUAUUGCCAGUCGAAACGAGCUAUAAAUCGGUCUAUCGUGAUUUUAUUGCAGGCCUCGAAAACGGUAGCACGUUGAAAUUGUUAAAAUAUGAUGCGUUCCGCAAGUUAUAG